AUGUUUGUUCCCCCCUGCCACCUUCGCCCCAUGUGUGUGUGCGUGCAUGUUUGUGUGACAUGUGCGUGGAGCAGGUUUGCAGUGGUGGUGCGGUUUGUGGUGAUGAUUCUCUUCUUCAAGUUCCGAGUCACCAACCCCAACAACUCCGCCUUCCUGCUCUGGCUCGCCUCUGUCGUCUGCGAGAUCUGGUUUGGAAUCUCCUGGAUAUUCGACCAGCUGCCCAAGUGGUCGCCCAUCACCAGAGAGACCUUCCUCAACCGCCUCUCCCUCAGGUAUGAGCAGGAGGGGCGGCCAUGCGAGCUGCCUCAAGUGGACGUGUUUGUGUCCACAGCCGACCCCUUCAAGGAGCCGCCGCUCGUGACGGCCAACGUUAUCCUCUCCGUGCUCGCUGCUGACUACCCUGUUGACAAUGGAGCGGAGAGUCACGCAGCCUUGAUGGACAUCUGUCUGAUGAUGUGCGUCGGUGCUGACGUUCGAGUGUCUGCUGAUCAUUGCUCCCCGUCUCCCCCAACUUCUGCCACCCUUCUCCCCAUCCUGUACCCCCGCUCUCCUGCCCCCAGGGUGGCGUGCUAUCUGUCGGACGACGGUGCCUCCAUGCUGACAUUCGAGGCGCUCAUGGAGACGGCCAACUUCAGCCGCCUGUGGGUGCCCUUCUGCCGCAAGCACGCCAUUGAGCCGCGCGCCCCUGAGAUGUACUUCUCUGGGGGGGUGGACUACCUGCUGGGGAAGGUCAACGCUGACUUUGUCAAGGAGAGGAGGCGGAUGAAGGUAAGAAGAGGGGGGAAAGGACGGGGGAGAUGGGUGGAGGGUGGGGCGUGGGGACGUGGGGUUGUGAGGUUUUGGGGAAACGAGGGUGGUACGGCUGGGGUGGUGAGGGGAGAAUGGGUGUGGAUGGUGGAGUGUGUGGGAACCCCAGCAGGAAAAAACUGGGACCUCAAAGACCCAUUUUCCUGCAACCCACCCCUCCCUUCUGCCUCUUCCCCCCAGCGUGAGUACGACGAGUUCAAGGUGCGAAUGAACGCGCUGGUGGUGAAGGCGCAGGACAGCCCUCGUGAUGGGUGGACCAUGCCCGAUGGCACCGCCUGGCCCGGCAACGACCGCUCCGACCACGUGGGCAUGAUCCAGGCUAUCUGCUUCCUGGCGGAUCCGCUAAAGGGCGGGCGGGUGUGCUUUGUGCAGUUCCCGCAGCGCUUUGAUGGCGUGGAUAAGAGCGACCGCUACGCCAACCACAACACUGUUUUCUACGAUGUGAACAUGAAGGGGCUGGACGGGCAGCAGGGGCCCAUGUAUGUGGGCACGGGCUGUGUCUUCCGCCGCCAGGUGAGGCACACGACUGCUGAGACUUUACAAGCUCGUUGGGCUUUUGAGACGUCUCAAAGGGCAGCAGGGCCCCAUGUAUGGGGUGGGGCACGGGAUGUGUCUUCCGCCGCCAGCCCCCCAUUCCACAUCACAUCAGACCCUGCUCUCUCUGCUUCCAUCCAAGCGUCGCACAUAUCUCCUUCCAAUCUCUUUUUCUCGUCAUCCCCCUUCCUCCCCUCUCCCCUCCCUUUUUCCUCCCCCCCCCAGGCCCUCUACGGCUUUGACCCGCCCCCCAAGACCCCCACCAAGCGCCGCACGUGCUGCUCCCUCUGCCCCUCGUGGCUCUCCGGCCGCCCCUCCCCCGUGCGCCUGCCCUCCCACCUCGCUGCUGGCACACCUGCUGCUGCUGGGGGAGCGCCGCAAGGGGGGGGGCUGGGGGAAGACGGGGCAGGACCGUUCACGUAUGGGGGAAGGGCCACAGAGGACCCGCAUGAGGUGUUGAGUGACGUCAUCCUGGUGAUCUCAUGUGGGUACGAGGACAACACCGAGUGGGGCACCAGUUGUGGGUGGGUGUACGGCAGUGUGACGGAGGACAUAGUGACGGGCUACAAGAUGCACACACGCGGCUGGCGCUCUGUAUACUGCAUGCCACCACGCCCCGCCUUCAAGGGCUCGGCGCCCAUAAACAUGACGGACCGGCUGGCGCAGGUGCUGCGGUGGGCGACGGGGUCGGUGGAGAUCUUCUUCUCGCAGCACAACCCCGUGUGGGCCGACUGCUGCUCGCACCUCAAACCCAUCCAACGCAUCGCCUACAUGAACACGGCGCUGUACCCGUUCACGUCCAUCGCCCUCACAGUCUACUGCUUCCUGCCCGCCAUCAGCCUCUUCACCGGCCAGUUCAUCGUGCCCAAUAUUGACAACUGGGCGGUGCUCUACUUCCUCGCUCUUUUCCUCUCCAUCUUCGCCACGGCUCUGCUUGAGAUCCGCUGGAGCGGAGUGUCCCUGGAGGAGUGGUGGCGCAACGAGCAGUUCUGGGUUAUUGGAGGCACCUCCGCGCACUUUGCUGCCGUCAUGCAGGGCCUGCUGAAGGUGGUGGCGGGCGUGGAGGUGCAUUUCACGCUCACCUCCAAGGCCUCGCAGGACAUGGAAGAUGAGCUUGCAGAGCUCUACACCGUCAGGUGGACAUGGUUGUUCCUCAUUCCUCUGACUAUCAUCAUUGUGAAUGCAUUUGCCAUUCUGGCGGGAGUGGCGCAUGCCAUCAACAACUGGCAAUCCACCGACUCCACCAUCAGUGGAUACGGCCACCCCAUCAAGGCGCCCACCUCCAAUGCUGACCAGAUUGGACAACUUGUCGGCCAAGUGUUCUUUUCUGUGUGGGUUCUUCUGCAUCUGUACCCAUUUACAAAG